UUCAAUCUGGGUAGUUUAGGUUUUCAGUAUUAUUGAAAUGGUGAAGGUUUUGAUAUUACAUCUGGUUGUGUGCCUCAUCAUUUUUUCUCACCAGUUUCAGUCUACUGUUGGAAGAGUGCCACCCAUGGUUAGACUAGAUGACAGAGAAAUAAAGAAGGAUACGUGUGUUUCUUCAUCAGUAGAGGCUAAGGCAAGGAUGCUUCAGGUCGCUGGUUCGAGUCUCCCAGAUUGCUCCCAUGCUUGUGAGGGAUGUUCUCCUUGCAUAAGGGUCAUAGUGGCCUCCUCCAAAUGCUCCAUCAUUGUAGAAAGGGCAGAAGCCUGUCCUGUUGCUUAUCGGUGUAUGUGCAAAGGAAAAUCCUACCCUGUUCCUGAAAACUGAUCAUCUUUCCAUUCCAUUCCAUUCUAUAGUGUAUUCUCUUUCUUGUAGCGGGAAACACACAAGAUAGUUUUGUACAAUUGGGCCCGUGGCUUAUGGGGGUUUGUAUUCUAGUUUUCUAGUUUAGGGGAGAGGAUCUAGAGGAUCUAUUAGUCAAAUAUUUUUAAUGAGUUGAGAUAAUAUUGGUUAAUUUAA